GUAUCUGACAUGUCAAGGUCCUCCAAGAAAAAUGCAACGAAUAUUCAAAAGUAUUCUGACAUCAAGGACUUCAUUGAAGCAACUAAAGAAAAAUCACUGUCCUUAUUGCACAGAGGCUCAGAAAUGUAACCUACCUUUAGAUGGACUAAAGAUUUUAGAUAUCAGCAGGAUUUUAGCUGGACCAUAUUGUACCAUGAUUCUAGGUGAUCUUGGUGCAGAAAUCAUCAAGGUUGAAAAGCCGGGAGCUGGGGAUGAUACAAGGUCAUGGGGACCUCCUUUUUGUGGCAAGGAAAGUGUUUAUUUUUUGACUGUCAAUAGAAAUAAAAAGAGUAUUGCUAUUGACAUCAGAACUAAAGAUGGCCAAGAUCUUAUUCAAAAGUUGGCCAAGCAGUGUGAUGUGAUGGUCGAGAAUUAUAUCCCUGGUAAAUUAGACCAGUACAACCUUGGUUACAAGCAUCUUAAUGUGAUAGCUCCUCAAUUAAUUUACUGUUCUAUAACAGGAUAUGGACAAACAGGCCCCUACUCAAAACGAGCAGGAUAUGAUGUUAUUGUAUCAGGAGUGGGUGGAUUAAUGCAUAUCACUGGACCAGAGGAUGGAGACCCUUGUAAAGUAGGAGUGGCUAUGACUGAUCUAUCUACUGGACUGUAUGCCCAUGGGGCUAUCUUGGCAGCAGUAUUACAGAGACAGAUAACAGGGAGAGGACAACAUAUAGACUGUAACUUAUUCUCAACUCAGGUUGCAUCAUUAAUCAAUAUUGGAUCAAAUUACCUGAAUGCUGGGAUGGAGGCUAAAAGACAUGGUACAGCACAUCAAAGUAUUGUUCCUUAUCAGGCAUUUAAGACAAAGGACAGCUACAUUGUUGUUGGAGCAGGCAAUGAUAAACAAUUUCAUAAAUUAUGUAAGGUGUUACAACUGGAUCAUUUGUUGGAGGAUAACAAAUACACAACAAACAAACUUCGUGUGCAUAAUAGGAAGAGUUUACUGUCAACAUUGGACAAUUUAUUUAUAACAAAAAAGACCAAAGAAUGGUUAGAUGUGUUUGAUGGUUGUGGAAUACCCUAUGGUCCUGUGAAUAACAUGGAGAAUGUCUUCAUUGAUCCACAGACUUUACACAAUGAAAUGAUCCUUGAGAUGGACCAUUCUAUAGCAGGAAAAGUUAGAGUUCCAGGCCAGGCAGUGAAGUACAGUGAUAAACAGAUGAAAUCUACACUACCACCACCAACACUUGGACAGCAUACUAAUGAAAUUUUAGAGAAUAUGCUUAAUUUAUCAGAGACUGACAUUAAAAUUUUGAGAGAUAAAAAAGUAAUACAAUAGUAAUAUUUAUCACUACAGCUAGUAACCAAAUACAAAUGUUUAUUUUGUAUUUAUCAAAAGGACAAAAGAGCAAUAUUUGUAUACUAUGUCCUUUUGAUAUAUACGAAUUAAAGUCUUAUAAGAUUUUUCUUUAUAUUUAAAAUCUAAAAUAUUAAGGCAAAAUAGAAAAGAUAAUAAUUAUAAAACAAAGGAUUAUUAAAUGUGCAACAUAGCAAGCAUUAAAAUGGGAAGGAAAAGUUGAGCAAAUGUAUAAUUGAGGGGUUGACCUGUGUAAAUUAAAGGGAGAUAAGUCAUGAAAUCAGCAUUUUGUUGAUAACAUAGUCAGUUUUAAGCAUUCAUGUGAAACCAAAUUAAAUAUGUGGUUUGUAAAAUGUAUUUAAGAAAAUGGUUGACACAAAUUUAGCAGUGGUUUUAAGAUUUUUGUCCCUAAAUCAAGGUUAGCCUCUUUACAGCUAGUGCGGACACAUACAUUAGUAUGCUGCAUAUACCCUUAUUUUAGGUAUUGUGUACCAAACCUGUCAGAAUAUUACAAAUAGUUUUCCUAUAAGUAAUAUAGCAGACAAUUUUAUUCAAGUUUGAUAAAAAAAACUCAAAAAUUUAUAUAACAUUUAAAAAUAUUUUGGGCCCAUUGCAUUUGCGCCAAUUUUUAAAGAAUACAGGAUUUCAUUUGAGCCCAGAAAUAAUAACGGCUUCUAUGCCAGGAUACACAUAACAGAAAGGUUAAGAUGUACAUUAUAUCCUGAAUACUAGGCUUUUAAAAAAAAAUAUCCCCCCACACCAUGGACAAUAAAGUGAGUCAAUUAUUUAAUGCCAUAAAUAGGUUAUCUAAUGCUAUAAAAAGGUUAUCUAAUGCUAUAAAUAGGUUAUCUAAUGCAAACCCAGAAUAACAACCAAUGUGGGCAGCACAACCAUUAUAAAGACAUUGAAUGAACACAACCAUGGUGUAGACCAGCAAACAGUCAAAUCUCAGCAAUUUAAGAUUCUUAAAACAUCUGUUGACAUUUCUGAAAGACCAUUGAAUAUUAUCCUGCUGUCCUGGGAAAUAGAGCUGUUGUACAUAAUGUUAUGAUUUAUCAUGAAAAAAUAAUCUUUUAUAUGUACUAUUUGACUGUAUUAUUGGUGCAAAUAAAACAUGGUUUGUGGCGUAAAUGAAAGAUUUUUUUCAGUGAAAAUGAAAAACCAAUUGGCACAAAAACAAAACACUGAUUUUUUUCACCUUUGCUUGUUAUUUUCUCAAAUUAGCUAAGCAAGAGCAUUUUACAAGAGGAUGAAGUAUGUGUUCUGUUUUUAUAUGUUUUCAAAUUUUUUCUUUGAAAUAUCUAGAAGAAAGUGUAAUAUUCCAGAAUUUUGUCUUUGAAAUAUCUAGAAGAAAGUAUAAUAUUCCAGAAGUGGAUUGAAAUAUUUAUUUGCUUAAUAUAUUCUGGUUGAUGAUUGGAAAAAAAACCCCAGUUAUAAUCAUUAUUUUUGUAAUUUAUUGAUGAAUCGAAAUAGACAUAAUUGCCAUGCUGUUAUCUGUAUAAACUAUUGUGAAUCAAGGAUUUCAAGCAAUUUAAACUUCUUAAAAUUACUACAUUUAUAUCUGUUACUUGCUAUUGUUUGAAUAAAUUAUCUUUUUAGGGUGCAAAGAGUACCAUGUCGAGGUAUAGGUUAAGGAACCAAACAAAUACUUGACAUGAUUUGAUUUUAAUCGGUGCAAGAUAUAACACACCUUCAGUUAGACCCCGAACACACUUGGACAUUUAGAUCGAUUUAAGCCCAAUGUGAACGCUUUGAAUUGAUCUUGAAAGGGUUUAAACUAAAACACCAAAAGAGGUAGUUUUGUUUGAAUCAAUCUAAAGUGAACCGAUCUAACUUUAAAUGUGAAUGCAGAGAUUGAUCUAAACUAGUAUGAUUGAAGUGAUAAUAAUUUGUGUGCAUGUAUGGUGGCAAAAUUACAUGUGUAAUUUAUUACAAAAUGGAUGACCAACAUAAAAGGGCUGAAAAUUAACGAAACUAUACAAACAGCAGUAUCAACAUUUGAACUUGUAAUUCAAGUGAAAUAAUAACUUCAUCUAUAACACAUUGAUUUGAUUAAAUAUUUAUAUUUAUACACAGUGUUUACAAUUUCACGGGUAAUUAGGUCAGAUCAAUUUCAUUUUUACUUGUAGUGUGAACGCAGUGGUUCAGAUUAGACCGAUAGAGAUCGUUAAUAUAAAAAAUAAUGUGAACGCUAACUGAUUUUAUUCAGAUCGAUUCAAAUCUAGAUUGAUUCAAAAAAUGUUAGUGUGAACGGGGUCUUGCUUCUAUUUCUAUUCAACGUCUUAAUCAUUUUUUUUAUUUUAUUUUUUUUCCUUUAAAUGCUGAAUCUUAUUGCUUGUUGGUUUGGCAUCUAACUUAUUUCUGUGAAUUAAGUUAGCCUUAUAUUUUUAUCUAUAUUUUGAAUAUCAAAUUAAAAUUGCUGUUAGAAUAUAAUAAUUAUUUGUAAUUUUCAUUAAUCAGAAAAAAAUGCUAAUGAAUUAAUUAUAAAUGCUGUACAAUAUUGUGAUGAUUUGGAUAAGAUGUGAUUUAUUUUACAAUGAAUUAAAUAUGGAAGAGACUUGCUUUCCUUUGAUAUUUCCA